AACUCUUUUCACAUUGUAGUUGGAAAGAAAUGCUUUCGUACAAGCGCUAUCCAGGUUCACUUUACUUACUGCGACCAGUGGCACGCAUAUUCAUGAAAUGAAAACGAAGAACAUGGAGACGAUCAAGACACUUCUUACCAUCGCUCAAACGGAUGGUAAUUACAUCGGGAAGUCUUGGCUCGAGAUACUGAAAUGCAUUUCCCAACUUGAAUUGGCUCAACUUAUCGGUACUGGUGUGAAAACGCGAUACCUUCACACGGCGUCCAGCGGUGUUACUAAUUCACCCACAGCAUUCAUCGCAAACAACAAGACAUCUUAUGAUAUAACCUCAGGUCGGAUGCCUGUUGCCGCUGACUCGAAAAAAGCGGCUGGCUCACAGGAAGCCAUUUGGGAGACCGCUGCACAAAGUGUUGUCGUUGCAGUUGACAGUCGAUUUCGUGGAAGGUUUACGUCAAGUCUCGGAAGUUCAGCUUUCCAAUCCUACAAUGAUACGUAUGUUUAGUCUGCAGAAGAUCGUAGAGAUUGCUUAUUACAAUAUUGUUCGUAUUCGGCUGCAAUGGUCACGAAUAUGGGCUGUGUUGGGAGAUCAUUAUAACAAGGUUAGCAAUUAUUAACGACUAAGACUGUAUCUUGAUAUUAUGGUUAAUAACAUCACGUUGUUAUGAUGUACUCAG